UGUUUUGACAAUGGCAGCUACACCGAAACUCGAGAGUAAAUUAGUACAUAAGUCCGACGUUUGGGCCGGUUUAGUAUCAUCCAACAAGCUCUUAGCCAUUCAUCUCUUCAAGCUCAAACAUACUUCCUACAUCUUACCAUCGGCUCUUCCACCUCUCACAAUAUAAACGAUUACCAAAAACACCUACUCCUCCACCAUCCAAGAUGUACGUCCCAUCCACCCUCGCGCUCCUCGUAGCAGCAGCCCUCCAGCUCGCCACUCCAGUCUCGGCAAACUACGAGGCCGGCAAAGCCGUACAGAUCAACUUCUACUCCAACUCGGGCUGCUCGGCCUACACAAGCGAGACGGCGGCGUGGUGGACCCGCUCCCCGCACGCGGGCGAGUACGUCAACGGCGGGAGCGCCGGCGACUGCUUCUCGCUCGGCAUGCCGGGCGCCAGCGGAAGCCUCAACGUGGCCAACGUGUGGCGGGGCAACGGGGCCAAGACGGGCGGCAGCUGCGACUUGUAUGAUGGAUACAACUGCGGCGGCGUCAAGGGCGGCAUUGGGUUCGAUAAGAAUUCGGGGUCGGGGGGUUGUGUUGCUUCGAGGAGCUCGAGUGGGUUGUUGUGGAAGAGUGCCCGGUGCGGUGCGGCGCCCUAAGUGGGGGGGGGGAUGAGGAGGGUAUCUGAAGGGCGCUGCGUUUAGGUUGGGGCUUCAUCAGAUGUUGGGUUUGAGUCAUUCACUUCGUCGCUGGUGAUGA